CCUUCAUUUUCUUCAUUUCAGGUGAGGUCGUCACAAGGUCGAGGAAGAGCUCUCAUUCGAUAUUGUCUCGUACAUCAAACACUUGCUGAUAGUUUCCAGAAUUGUUUGAUGAACCAAUCAACAUGUAUUCAAUAUUUAAAAUCAAUGUGUAUUUUAUCUCGUCCAAGUUACAUAACAUUGUUCCUGAAUGCUCUUUAUGAGAUUAAUGCUGUCAAUUUCGACUUAGUUUCUAAAGGGUAUGACUUGGAUUCAGCGUGGCCUACAUUUGCAAGUAAAAGAUAUCCUGUUACUGCUGAUCAAUGGAGAGCCCCUGCUGAUAGAACGUCAAGUUUGGGGAGUUUAACUAGUUAUGUGUCUCACAUGACAUCAGCAUCUCUAAUGAUGGAAAACCCACAAAUAAGAGGAAUACAAAGUGGAAGCAGUGUAUUGGAUGGGAGCAGUGGACCACCAAGUGUUGACCCUCGUGUUGAAGAACUCGUACUUGAACUGAAUGAAUCCGACCAAAAAAUACAGGAACAACAGGAGGCAUUGAAAAGGCUGGAAAACGAAGCAAAUUCUGUGGCAAAAUCUGCCGGAGAAAAACAAGACAUUUUAGCUAGAGUUAUAUCGGAUUUAGAAUCAAGAAAUCAAAGUAUGGAAGAAGCAAUGAGUCAAAUGACAACUGAAUUUCAGAUUCGGGAACAGGAAUGGGAAUCCAAGUACAGAGGGCUUGAAAAUAUAAGCAAGGAAACAGAUGAGAAAAAUUCCGCUUUAAAAAGUCGAAUUUCUGUGUUAGAAGAAGAUAAAAGAAACUUGGAAGACACUGUUUCAGUUCGAAUGUCGCUAAUUACUAGCGGUUUUUCAGGAACGAGUGUAACUUCAAUUUCUCCUUCGACAUCGACAGAGAACCUUGAACACGACUUAGAACUACAAGAAAAACUUUUAGAACUACAAAAAGAGCGACAAUCUCUGGAAGGAAAAGUAUCGACAUUACAAACCGAACUUAAAACAGUUUUAGAAAGUAUGGAAAAUGAAAAACGGCUAAUGGAGUCAUCGUUGAGUGCAGAUUUCGAAAAUCGAGAAAAAGAAUUGCAAAAGAAAUAUACUUUAUCUACUGAUGCUAUAGUUCAACAGUUAUUGAAUGUAUUGCCAAUGGAAAUGUUGCAAACGACAGAUGAGAUUCAAACACCCAAUCAGCAGAUGAAUCAUAUUUUAACAAAGAUCACAGAGCUCGUGAAUGAAUUUUCAAAUCUACGACAUGAAUCUAAGCUUCUUCAGAACGAAAGUUUACUUCAGAAAUUUCAUGGGGAGGAACAAGAAAUACAGUCAAGUCAAUACAUUGAGAAAUGUAACAUGAUGCAAGAUGAAAGAGAUGCUGCAUUGACUGAAGUUAAAUCUUUGAGUGAAAAAUUGGUUGAAGCUUACAAGGAACAACAAAAUUUAAAGUUAAAAUUGGAAUCAGCAAUAAGCAAUCAUCAGCGGGAUAUUCUGCAGUUGAAAGAUUCAAAUUUUCAUCUACAAGAAAAUAUUGACAAAGAAAGCAUGACUCGUGAAAAGUUAGCAGAAGAUUUGAAACUACUCCAACAAAAAAAUGACAAUGCAGAAAUCGAUUUGAAAAAUUACACGCAGAGAUGCAAGGACCUACAGGAACAACUAAUGGAAAGUAAUGAAAAGCGCAAAAUUUCUGGUAAAGAAGAGUCGACUAACAUGGAAAAAAUUAAAGACUUAGAAGACAAUGUUCAACGAUUAGAGAAGGAAGCAGAAGAAGAAGGGAAGCUAUAUGAUCAAUGUAUAAAUGAAAAUGAAAAACUCUUAGAGAAGGAAAGAAAGUUUGAAGAUACAAUUGAUGCAUUACAAAAGGAACUCAAUGAAAUGAAAACAUUAUUGCAAGCUCUGGAACAGGACAAGAAUUCUCUCGAAGUGGAACUUACUAACGAGAAAAGCAAGGUUUUGGAACGUUUACAAGAAUUUAUGAAUGUUUCAUCUGCAAUUAACUCAGCAACAGAAGCAGUUGGGAAUACAGAAAAACAGUUUCAAAUAUUGACAGAAAAUCUUGACAAAAAAGAAAUGGAGGAUGCCAGUUUCCAAAUGAAUGUUAUAAGAUCUUGCAUUGAGUCGGAACGAAUCCAAGCUAAGGAAGAAUAUGAUGAAUUAAAUGGUGAAAACGAGAGUAGAAAAAGAAUGAUUAUAUCGUUCGAGAAGAAAUUGGAAAAUCUAGAGAACGAAAAUGCCGAACUUGUGCAAAACAAAGAAAAUGUGAAGGAAUUGCAGGGAAGGUUGCUGAAAGCCGAAGAGGAAAAAAAAGAAUCUUCAACAUCUUACCGAGCCAUUGAACAAGAAUUUAUAAAAAUGGCUGAAAAGUUGGAAGCAGAAAGAGAAGAUGCAAUUAAGUUGAAAGAUGAAAUAUCUCAAGGAUUGAAAAGAGAAGAUAAUUUAAAAAUUGAAAUGGAAGAGAUGCAAUCUGUGUCAAGUGAAUUGAAAGCUAAACUUAUUCAGCUAUUACAGGAAAAAGACGCUCUUUGGAAGGAAUGUGACGAGCUGAGAUAUCUUCAAAAACUACAAGAAGAAGGCGAAGGUGUUGAAGGAAAAUGGAUGGAAGAUCAGGAAGCAAGAUAUUGUUUAUAUUGUGGAACUCAAUUUAAUUUUAUAAUAAGGAAACAUCACUGCAGGUUAUGUGGAAAAAUCUUCUGUAAUGAUUGUUCAAAGCAAUGGAUAAUAACGAAAAAAGAUGGAAAGCACGAACGAUGUUGUUUAUCUUGUCUUGAACUACAUAAAAAAAGAAAUGAAAUUAAAUCAUUGACAUCCAAAGUUCCGUCUCAGAAUAUGGAAUCUUCCCCGAUCAAAGGUGUUGCAACGACCAUGCCAAAUGACGCUGAAUUUGAUUCCAUUACGGAUGAAGAAUUAAAUGAUUCGAUUGAAACCGAAACUCCACACUCAUCUAAUAAUGACUCUAUUUUCCAUACACCAAAUGCCAAAAUGAGUUCUGAACAUUCAAGGGAUAGUAUCGCAAGUUUGCCUUCAGAUAACAUCGAUAGUUUGUCAGAUGAAUCACAGGAAGCUGUUGUAGCUGCUGGAGAUUUUCUAAAAGUUCCUAUUCAUGUGAAAACACCUGGUACUACCUUGUUGUGGAAAUUUUCAUCCGAUCGAAGCAUUGAUUUUCAGUUAUCUUACGCUUCUUCAGAGGAAUCAGAAGAACAUAAUCUAAUACCAAGAUGUCGAUGUGAUUCUCAUUCUGAACCUGUUCAAGGGAAAAUGGUUUCGAAACAAUCCGGAAUCUACACUUUUGAAUUUGACAACAGGUUUUCAAGAUUCAAUUCAAAGUCUGUUAAUUAUUCACUACAACUUAAAGAACCUAGUCAACAAUGAAAUCCAAGAUGAGAAAUUGCAAUUUGAUGGAAACCAGCUUGAAAUUGUGUUGUUGAGUUAAACUCAUAAUCUAAAAUAUUUAAAUAUAUUCAAUUUUGUAUUAAUUUUGAUUUUGCUUUUUGAUAGUGUGAAAUUUUUUUUUUAUAUAGUACUAUUUUUAUUAAUGGUACAUUCAUAUGCCCACAUUUGACUAUUCUAUUUGUCUCAAUUUUUCUUCUACUAAAAUUGUUCCAUGUUGCAACUAUCAACUAUAGCUUAUUUAGGCACCAUAUUAAUCCUGCUGCAUUAGAGAUUAAAUAAUUCGAAUUCGAUGUUUAUUGUUAUUAGAACUGUUCAACGAACCUUCUGAAAUAUUGAAUCGAUGAUUAUCUAACAUACCAUUAAUUAUUUUAUAAUUUUCAUAUAUAUAUAUAAAAAUACAGCUCGUUUGUUAUCUUAUUCUAUAACGGUACGCCUUAACAUUUUGUGCAAUAUCAAUUUAGGCAUUGCCAUAUUUUCAUCUUCGAUGAAUUGUGGGCUUGCUAUAACCUUCGAUUAAAAUCAUGCCUGUUAAAGUCCCGAGGCUGUAUUUCUGCCCGUCUUGAAGUUAUGAGAAAAGCAUAUUUACAUAACACUUUGUUUUUCACAUACAUUCAUUUCGGUAUUGAUUCAUCAUGAAAUAGAAUGAUUUGUUUGAUUGAUUGCUGUUUGAACAAUUGAAUGAGAUGGUUCCAUAAUA